AUGCCCGCCCUGUCACCCACCAUGACCGCGGGAAAUAUCGGCGUCUGGCAGAAGAACCCUGGUGAUACCUUGGCUCCUGGUGAUGUCUUGGUGGAGAUUGAAACAGACAAAGCUCAGAUGGACUUUGAGUUCCAAGAGGAGGGUGUCUUGGCCAAAAUUCUAAAGGACUCGGGAGAGAAAGAUGUUGCAGUUGGAAACCCAAUUGCCGUACUGGUUGAAGAAGGCACAGACGUGUCCGAAUUCGAGUCCUUUACAGUCGAGGAUGCGGGAGGCGAGAAGUCCUCGCCGAAAGAGGCUCCCAAAGAAGAGGCCUCAGAAGCUACGGAAACACCGGACUCAGGCUCAGGAACUGCCCCUCCCAGUGGCAAAGAAUCCUCCGCGCCGGUAGCAGAAGAAUCUGAUUCAACAGGUGACAAAUUGCAGCCGGCUCUCGACCGAGAACCCAAGAUCAGCCCUGCGGCGAAAAAGGCUGCUUUGGACAAGGGUGUCUCCAUCAAGUCAAUCAAGGGAACCGGUCCCGGAGGUCGCAUCACUGUAGAAGAUGUAGAGAAGUCCUCACCGGCUGCAGGUGGCUCCCCAGUUGCCGCCGCCGGCGCUGCUGGUCUGACGUACGAGGAUAUCCCGGCCACAUCGAUGAGAAAGACUAUCGCCAGCAGACUCCAACAGUCCAUGAACCAGAACCCUCACUACUUUGUAUCCACUACUUUGUCUGUCACCAAACUGCUGAAACUACGAGAGGCACUCAACGCCAGCUCCGAGGGCAAAUACAAGUUGUCCGUCAACGAUUUCUUGAUCAAGGCCGUGGCCGUUGCAAGCAAGAAGGUUCCCACAGUCAAUUCCAGCUGGAGGGAAUCAGGAGGCCAGACAGUCAUCCGUCAACACAACGUUGUGGACGUUAGCGUGGCCGUGGCCACACCUGUCGGCCUGAUGACCCCUAUUGUCAAGAAUGCCGACACGAUUGGUCUCUCCACGAUCUCAGCAUCUGUCAAGGAACUCGGAAAACGAGCUCGGGAUGGCAAACUGAAGCCUGAAGAGUACCAGGGCGGUACUAUCACCAUCAGCAAUAUGGGAAUGAACGCUGCAGUAGAGCGAUUCACAGCCGUGAUCAACCCACCUCAAGCGGCCAUCCUAGCCGUGGGCACGACACGUAAAGUAGCAAUCCCGGUGGAAACCGAGGAAGGAACUGUUACGGAGUGGGAUGACCAGAUCAUUGUAACUGGCAGCUUCGACCACAAGGUUGUGGAUGGAGCCGUGGGCGGUGAAUGGAUCCGAGAGCUGAAGAAGGUGGUUGAGAAUCCUUUGGAAAUGUUGCUGUGA